UGAUUUCAAAAUGGAGUUCCCCUCGAUGGUGGAACGUUCUGGAGAUCAUCUGGUGAUUCGCAGCCUGGUAAGUGGUACUCCAGUGUACCAAGCCCCGCUAGACAGUGGCGAUGGAUUGCAGCCUCUGAUGGAAGUUGACAUCUUGGAGCGCCAGCUAGAGCAGUUUAAGAUGGGCAGUAUGGUUAUGCCUUCGCUACCGUUGUCGUCAGUGCCUCUGCCCGCAUCCCACACAGUUCUGGGAAAGGAGAGCCCAGACUCCGCCACCCUGACAGAGAGCAACGCCGGUAUCAAUGAGGAAGACUUACCACAGUGCAAAAUUCGGCGUAACUACAGCUGCAACCAGUGUGCGUUCUUCACCCAAAAUCCCCGAAGUCAUCUCUCCCAUUUACGAGAUGUCCACGGUGAGAGAAUUGUAAUAAACGAGUGCAAGCUAUGCUUGUACGCGUCUCGGCAUUUCCAGAAACUAGUGCGCCACAUGAAAAUGGUUCAUGGCUGUUCAGAUGAUGGUGGCACUUCCGGGUCCAGUGGCCAGAUGAAAGGUAAGCGAAAUCUUUCCAGGGAGACGCGCAAGCGGCGAUUAGAGGAGAGCAUUGAAGUACCUACUGCCAGUGCGCCCGGCCUGGAUCCCAAUUUGGUGAAGAUGCUCCAAAAUGGACCUUCUUUGGAGAAACUCAAGGCCGAGCUACAUCACCAAGAACAGUUGCUGCUGAGCAACGUCGAAGCUUAUAAUCGUCAACUGGAAGUACAGAAACUCCAGCAGAUUUUCGAAAGACACGACAACAUCUUCUCAAUGGCGUUCGAAUAUCAGCUAAAGUUGAUGCCGCCCAAGCAACAAGGCGCAACCGGAAAGUCGGAUGGAAAUAGCAGCACCGACUCGGAGGAGGCCCCCCAAAGUCCCACUCCCGAUGUUUUGGAGUUGCCACCAGGUGUAGAGCAAUUUCAGUGUCACAAGUGCUCGUACAGCACCCCCAUCCGAGCUAGAUUUAAGAAGCACGUCAAGUACCACUCCAUGCCAUUGAUAAAGUGCAGCUCCUGUGAUUUCCACACCCCUUAUAAAUGGAAUCUAGACAGGCACACCAAGAACCACGGUGCUCACGGUCACUUCAAAUGCUCGGUUUGCGAUUUUAGCACGGACAUAAAACAGUCGCUCACGAUCCACGAACUUAACCAUCACGUGCCUACGGUGGGCCACCAGAUGGCCGCCAGACGCCGGGCCCCCGAAGAACAAGAAUAUCAAGUAGGAGACCAGCAAACAAUUAUAUCCAAAAAGAUAGAGACGGAAAAAGUCACUCCCUCAGUUGCAACUCUCGAAGCGCCACUGCAAGAGGUGACUGGGCUAAACUGCACCUAUUGCCAGCAACGUGUGGCGAAUUCUAUUGAUCUGUUCAAGCAUCUUCAGACGUGCUCUCUGGCUAUAAAAGGGCCUAGCCAAAAUCUUGCCGCCACUUCGAGCGGUGACAAUGAUAUUACCGAGGACGAUUUACCAAGUGCUUCCAGUGAUCUUAGCUACUGCGGAGUGGAAACAGCUCCAGGAUAUGGAGAAGUUACAGACCAAUUCCUGCCCGAUGACGCCGAUGAUAUGACUCCCUUAAAAAAGGUUUUCAAGUGUCCGCAUUGUACAUUUUGGGCAGCAACUGCCUCCCGUUUCCACGUCCAUAUCGUGGGUCAUUUGAAUAGAAAGCCUUUUGAAUGUUCCCUAUGCGCCUACCGCUCCAACUGGCGCUGGGACAUAACCAAGCACAUUCGCCUAAAGGCUAUCCGCGACAAGUCCCACAACCAGGCGCAGGUUUUAAUGAACGAUGAGACUGGACGGCGAAACUACGCAAAAUACAACCAAUACCUGACUUUAAUGAAGGUGAAUGUUGAUCAGUUUGGCGAUGCCAAAGCCAUGCGUACGGGUGAUAUGAUUGUGGUGCCGCCCGAGAAACUAGAAGAACAAAUUUGUGGACCAACCGAAAAGUUUGAUAAGGAAGCGAUUGCCACCUGCCCUCAGGUAUUUCUAGGUGCCUUAAAGUGCCCCCAGGCAGACCCAGUGGAUUUACUCGAUUGUGAUGAACAUACAAACGAUGCGACUAUGGAGACAGCGCAGCAAAAGCAAACUGAUUUCGAAGAGGCAGGCUCACCAGCUAAUGGCUCACUCAAGAUAAUGGCUGCAAAUGAAGAAUCUCCGCUCGAGUUAUAAA